AUGACCAGACGUGGAAAGAAGAAACUAAGUAAGCGUUUUCACAAAGCCUGCAGGACCCGUUGGAUGUCCACCGAAAGAGCUAUAGAGGGGGUCUAUAACGAUUUCGCAGCAUUGACACAAACUCUUCGACAGUUAAAGGAGGAGAAUGACUCGGCAGCAAUUGGUCUUCUGAAACAAGUAGGAAAAGUCAAAUUCCUAGGUGCUGUAUAUUUGCUCAACGAAGCAAUCCCAAUUCUUGCCCAUCUCAGCAGAGCCUUUCAAAAAGGAGCUGUUUCGUUUGCAGCCAUUGAUCCUGCCAUUAAGUUUACUUUGGAUGAACUUGAUCUUUCAGAGGGUGGCAGACUUUCCCAAUGUGAUAUGCGACCACUUGUAGCUUCGGAUGAGAAGCAGCUCACAACUUUGGCGAAGGCUUAUGUUGCAGCUUUAAAAGAUAACAUUAACAAUAGAUUUGAUGGAAGCAUCCCAGUCUUAACAGCCUUCAGAAUCUUCAAUCCUUUAGCUGUCCCAAACAGGUCGGAGCCAGUAUUUAAAGAGUAUGGUAUGAAGGAUAUUGUUAUUUUGGCAGAUCAUUUCUACCAAGAAAUGGAGGUCAAAGUCGAAGAUGAAAAAAAAGAAGAGCUAAUAUGCGAGUGGAGAAAGUUCAAAUAUAAUCUUCUGUCCAUCAAGGAUGAUAUCCCAGCCGAGAUACUGACGCCACCAGUGAAGAGGAAUCUGAUUGCCCAAACACCGACAGAAUGGGUGCUUGAAUACCUUAUGAAAAUGCGAGCAACUUUCCAGUAUCUUUUCCCUCUCCUGUUGGAAAUGGCGGAGUUGUGCUUGUCCAUUCCUGUGAGUAGUGCUUGGCCAGAACGAGGAGCUUCUUGUGUCAAGAGAGUGAAGACGCGAGUAAGGUCGCGCUUAAAGAAUGACAUGCUGGAAUCGCUACUCCAUAUUUCCAUCAACGGUCCAGAAGUAAAAGAUUCAACAGCAUUAAUCGAUUCUACUCUGAAGCAGUGGCUCGCAAAACCAAGGCGAAAGAUGUCCAUUGCAAAUAAACGACCAUCUAACGCAGAAGGGAGGGCACAUUGUGUAGAUGUGUCCAUACAGGUUGGUUCUUCUGACACUGUCAAUGUUCAUGAUCAGGAAAUGGAAGAUGAAUCGUUAUGUGAACAAGAAGAGUUUGAAGACAACGCUGGAAUGAUGGGGACUGAGGAAGAGGUGGAUGCUGCUGCCAACUUAUUUAAAUUACCAGCAGUAGAUCUGGAAGAAUACGACACCGACAGUGACGUCGAGGACAGUACUGAUAGUGAUUACGAUAGUUCAGAUUCAGAUUAA